CACAAGCCGGCCAAACUGAAACUGCAAAACCCUAAAAACCUCCAGGACAGCGGAUCAAGUUUUAACUCAGGCACAGACGGUUACUACAAUUUUCGUCAAACUUGCGUCCAGCAAGAAAGUAAUAUUGAACUGCAUGCAUAAAGAUAUUGCCUUUUUCCUUGUUUUACCAAAAACCCUAAAAGCAUCUCUCCUCCAAGUAGUCUGCUGCUUCUUAAAGUGCACUAUAACAUUCACAGGUUUGGAACAUAAAAUUUAAGUGGACAGAUGGGUGCGAAACAAGAAAAUGGUGACCCUGAGGAUAUUUUGCCUCCUCCUGAACAAGAAUUAUCUCACGAGUUGGAUAUGAAAGUAAAGAAGUAUCUUAGAGGAGAAGGAGCUGAUUUGGAGGUUUUAAAAGACAAAAAGCUCAAGGGUCAACUUUAUGAUAGAGAAAAUUUAUAUGGAAAAUCUGCAAAAGCUGCAGCCAAGACUGAAAAGUGGCUUUUGCCAAGUGAGGGAGGCUAUCUCGAGGCUGAGGGUAUAGAGAAGACAUGGAGGAUCAAACAGGAGACAAUCGGCCGUGAAGUUGAUAUCUCAAGCGCAAAGAAUCAAUAUGAUAUAGUCUUGCCAGAUUUUGGUCCAUACACUCUGGAUUUUACUUCAAGUGGUCGAUACAUGGCAGCUGCUGGUCGCAAGGGGCACUUGGCUGUUGUUGACAUGAAGAAUAUGAGCUUAAUUAAAGAGAUGCAGGUUAGAGAAACAGUGCGUGAUGUUGUGUUUUUGCACAAUGAGCUGUUCUUUGCCGCUGCCCAGAAAAAGUACCCAUACAUUUAUAACAGAGAUGGUGUCGAACUUCAUUGUUUAAAGGAACAUGGUGCAGUGACAAGGCUUCAGUUUCUGAAAAACCACUUUCUCUUGGCUUCAAUAAACAAAUUUGGGCAGCUGCGAUACCAAGAUGUUACAAUGGGUGAGAUGAUAAGCAAUUUCCGGACAGGUUUAGGCCGUACUGAUGUGAUGCAGGCCAAUCCUUUCAAUGGGGUUGUUGCUUUGGGUCAUUCAGGUGGUACAGUAAGCAUGUGGAAGCCCACUAGUGCGGUUCCCCUUGUCAAGAUGCUGUGUCAUCCUGGGCCUAUCACAGCAAUGGCAUUUCAUCCUGAUGGCCAUCUCAUGGCCACGUCUGGCAAGGAAAAGAAAAUUAAGAUUUGGGACGUGAGGAAAUUUGAGGUUCUCCAAACUAUAAGAGGCCAUGCAAAAACCUUGGACUUCAGUCAAAAAGGUUUACUAGCUGCUGGAACUGGAUCGUUUGUUCAGGUUUUUGGAGAUUUCUCUGGAUCACGGAAUUACAGCAGACAUAUGGGUCAUUCUAUUGUGAAAGGUUAUCAGAUAGGGAAAGUUGCAUUUCGACCAUACGAAGAUGUUCUAGGCAUAGGGCACUCCAUGGGAUGGUCUUCAAUUCUUAUCCCAGGUUCAGGGGAACCCAACUUCGACACAUGGUUAGCAAACCCAUUUGAAACAACUAAACAACGAAGAGAGAAGGAAAUUCACUCUCUUCUCGACAAGCUCCCCCCCGAGACAAUUAUGCUGGACCCUUCAAAGAUUGGUACAGUGAAGUCAGCAAAGAAGAAAGAGAAACCAACAAAGAAGGAGAUGGAGGCGGAUAUGGAAGCUGCUGUUGAAGCAGCCAAGGGGACUGCCGUUAAGAAGAAAACACAGGGAAGGGACAGGACAUGUCAAGAGGUGGACGAGCACAAUCAACAAAGGACUUCUUAUCCGCGAAUCUUCGGGCUUUUCCCCUUGCUGCGCUCAACAAAUUCGUCGGCAGUCUACUUUUGUACACGAAAGGCAUUUAGAUGCCCCAGUGGCCAUCUCGAAGAGAUCAACAAGUGUUAA